GGUCUGAACAAUGAUGGCAGAUCAUACAUCACAGAUCAAAUCACCUGUAGACAAUAAGUAUAAUUCAGACAUGGAUAAUCCGGACAAUAUGUAUGGUUUCUUUGUGAUGAUUUCUUCCUUCUUAAAUCUUCACUAGAGAUAACAAUAAAGAUGGUACAAUACGAAGUCUUGAAGAAAAACUCAAAUUGUUAGAUGAAGAAAAGUUAGAUCUUGAAAAUCAAAUUUAUGCAGCUGAGAAAAAAUAUCAUGAACAAUUGGAUUCUUAUUUAGCGCGUUAUAUUAAUGCAGACUUCAGUUUAGCUCAAAUGGAAUAUAUAUUGCCUGCUAAAAGAGCGAAAUUUAGUAAAGUACAUGCAUCAACAACAUCUGGUUAUUCAUCAAAUUCUAUUGGUAUUGAUGCUAGUUCAUUAAUCACAUUGAAACAUUUCUUUGAACCUUCAAUGAAUCUUGUUUAUAAAAAAUUACAUGAAAUAACAAAAGAAGCACAAAAUAAAUAUCGACAAAGUAAUGAUGAUAUGUUAGCAUGGAGAUUUUCACCAGAAAGUACAAUAGGGAAAUCAUUAAUGUCACGUAUUCGACAAUUGUUAAACGCUAAUGAAGAACUAGGUCGAGUCAAUCAAACUGAUCGUGUAGCUAGAUUAGAAUCAGAAGCUGAAUUACAAACAACAUGUAUGAAAGAAUUUAUCAAAACCAAUGAAGACAUUGAAGGUGUACUAGAAGAAGCCUAUACAGAUUUAGAAGGUCUUCAAAGUAGUUUGUUAAUCUUGCAACAACAAAUAAAUCAAACUGAAUCAGUUGUUGAAACUUUACAGAAUGAACUAGAAUCACGUCAACCUGGUAUAGUCGCUGAACUGAUGACUGCAAUGCUAUCAAAGUUAGGUAGCGAAACAGAAACCGAAGUUGGUCAUGAUGAUGUUGAUAAUGAUAAUUGUAAAUCAACACCUGAUAUACAUAAUAAUCAAUCUGAACAGGAUGAUAUGCAAAGUAACACUGAUAAUGUCAAACUAAAUGAAACAUGUAAAGAGGAAAAGUAAACUCUAUAAACUUUAUUUUGUAUGUAAAUACGUAUAAUAACUACUGUUUCUUGUACAGACAGAUAUUCUUCAUGUAUUUCUUCAUCUUUCAUAUUACACAUAUUUGUUUUAUAAA